AUGGAUUAUGGUUUUAACAAUAACACAAUAACUGUUCACGCGUCCACGUUACGCCAGCACAUGAAAAACUCUCAAUUCCAUAAACGAUUCGCUCUCUUUGACCUCUGCCUCUCCCCCAAGCCCAGAACGGCUAAAAACCCCUUAUUUCCGCGAUUUUCCCCACUUACCGAUCCCUCGGACCUUUCCACUCACCUGCAGCAGGUCCGCGUCCUGCUCCUUCCCGUAGAGGCUGACCUGGUGGAGGUCGGCCUGCAGGUCCGCGGCGCCCAGCAGCAGCGCGACGGCCCUGCUCUGGGCGCACAUCUCAUUGUAGAAGAUCUUGGGCGGCAUUUUGGGUCGGCUUCAGUCCGACAUCGGCGCCGGCCAGCGGCACAACUCCGGUGUGAACGCCCGUGCAACAAUGGACUCGGCCUCGAGGCAGUGACAUCACCAGCACAUCGCGCUCGACGACUGAUGCAUCCGACUCGGAGAGGCGCGACGCGGACGUUCGCCGACGAAGACAAAUCAAUAACUGUCCUGUCCUGCACCAACUGUUGCUUUCGAUCGGCGGAGUGCGGCGCAGGAUCGGGUCGGGGGAUUUCGCCGGCGGAGCGGAAGGAGGCCGGACGGGAUGCUGCAGGAGCGCGGCUCACGCGGACUGCGGGAGAGGGUUAUUCGCGAGGUGGUGAGCUAAGGAGGGAUGGUGGCAGCCACCAAUAUAUGAUGUAACACACUGGAUCCAUAUACCCACGUUGAUGGACCACGAUGAGUUCGUGUUCUGGGACAGCACGUCAUCAUGGUCCAUGACUUGCUGGCCAAGUAAUUAUUUUUCCAAAAUUGAGUGGGGUUUU